AUGAAAGCAAGCUGGCCAAGAUUCUCCUAUUGUUGGCUUCUUGCUUUCGCCCUUUAUCUUUGGAUUUUCGCAGUUUCGACCCAGGCUUUCCCAGUUCCGCUCUCUUCCAGUACAACAGACAAUUCACUCUAUGCGGAUAACCAACAACCACCAUCACAGCAGCAAAAAUUUAGCCUCCAAAACACAGAAGAUUCAAACAAAAGGGUUCAACAUGAAAGCAGUACAGAGCCAGGAGAAUACAGAGUCAACGUGUCCCAUUUUUCACAGCUGUUGACAUCCCAUCUAUUAUUCGAACACCUCGAGAAUACCUAUCUACUAGUCUCAAAAAAGAUUUCACUUUUCUUUCAAGACACCAUUCAACUCACGGCAAAAUUACCCGAACAACUGGUCAUCAACUCUAGUUCAUCAGUAGAUGUUCAAAUUCUAAAGCAUCAACUUAGAGGUGCCGUAGCAGCUUACAUUGAAGAUAGGGUUCCUGCAAUGUGGAACAUGCAUGCAUCUGCUCUCGACAAGACUUCUCUUCAAUCAUUUAUCGAAUAUACCGUAAUUAGAUUAUGCCAAACCAAAGACAAAUACGAUCAAGAUGAAGUAAUCACAAGUUCAAUAAUUGAUGACGAUAACGAUGAUCAGGAUGAUGAUUUUACCCAAUACAACAAAUAUCUCGAGCAACAAAAACAACAGGAAGGCCACCAAACUACCGACAGUGAAAUAGUCCUGACUGUGUCAAAUGUCUGUCUAAAUGCCAAUUCUGGCCUGUUGUUCUCCGCUCUGGAGGGUUACAUUGGAAAACAUAUCAGACAGGCCAUGUCGGACAUGGUUUCGAGCAACAACUUACCUCACCUUUACAGCGCAACUCGUGCUCAAGUGAAAGGAGUACUUGCUCACUUUAACAGCUACAUCCUAGUGUCUUCUGGGGUACAGCUUGAGUUGACCCUUUCGCCACAAGACGCUUUAUCAAUUUCAAAUGAUUAUUCUUGGCUUUUUAAGACGUCAACUGUAGAUGAAAUUCUUACGACUGUUGCACACUGGGCAAAUGAAGACACAGCAGGGGGUGAAGAAGAAGGAGAAGAAGGAGAAGAAGGAGUAGAAGGAGACCCGGUCAAGAAUUCAAGUUCUCAAAAUAUGCUUCUUGUCCAUUCGAUUCAAACUUUUGCUAACAUUGCUCAAUAUUCUUAA